GUUGGUCCAUAGUUUGCUCCUUUUUUUGAAGCUCCUCUUUCUCCCGAACCGAAUACCAGCAUAAUGCCCUUCCACGAGAGCGCCCAAGGCAUCACAGUCGAAGACGGCCACAUGCUCAGGGCCGAGCUCGCCAACGUCGAGGGCGAGUUCGUCGAGGCCGAGUUUGAUCUCAACGACUGCAUCGGCAACAACAAUGGUGCUUUCGAGUGGGGUGGCGGCGGUUUCGCCAACUCGGCCGAGGACAUCUCGUUUGAGCUUGAAGGCGACGACGGCGUGCCGAUCCUGCGUGCGAAGCUGUACAAUGUUGAGGGCGAGACGGUUGACGCGGAUAUCAACCUCGCUGAGAGGCUGCAGAACAACGACGGUGCCUUUUCGUUCGAUGGCCACCAUGAGGAAGAGCAGCAGGAAGAGGAGGCUGAGCCUGAGGAGGAAGAGUAGUCAGCUCUGCACACCAGUACAUAGAUGCACCAGGGACAUGUUUCUAGCACAAUAACCAAGGGUGCAAAGCAAGAGGGUGCUUGGCUUCGUAACAUGAUAUCCAAAGCACCAGC